AAUUUUGGACGGCUGAAAAUGGUCCCCCGGACCCCCCUUACGACGCAGGCUAUAUAAACAAGGAGGGAACACCCACUAAAAAAUUAGGUUGAGAAAACAGAAGUUUUUCUUUUUUUUUUUUUAAAUUUAAAUGGCAGGUCUGCAAUACAAUUUCUUCCCGACGGAUUUCUUCUUCCCCCAGCAGCAGAAAGCGGCAGCGAGUAUAGCCAACGCGCCCCCGCAGGUCUCCUUGUUGAAAGCGAAAAAGAUCGGCGAUGAAAUCGACGAGUCGUCGACGGUUAACCGCGCCGCCGUAGCCAUCAACGCCAGCCCUCCUCCCCCUCCGCCGGCUGAUUCCUCCUCCUCGUCGUCGUCUCGCGCCUUCGCCGCGGUCCCGAAGCAGAAGCAUCAGGCGUAAUCGGUUGACGGGAGCAAUGAGAAAGCAGAUUUGGUGAUCCGAUCUAUUAGUGUAAUAAUGCUAUGAUUUUGUUCUUCGAUAUUGUUUGUAUUUGGGUCUUCUUCUAUUUUGUCUUGGAUGUGAUCGGGUUCGUGAGGCCUGCAAGUGUUUUUAGGCCGCGUUUGGUUUAGCCUUUCUGAAAUAGAGUUUUAGGCAGGUGUAUAGUUUUGCACUUUUGCUAGGAGUACUCUGUCUAUGUGUGGUGGCUUUCUACUCCGUAUUUAAGAAAUCUACUUUCAAAAGCUUCACCGUUUUAUUUAUUGGGAAAUGAACUUUUUUUUGAAGU